CCUCCCCCAAUAUCCUGCUCGCGCUCAAAACGCAUUCAACCGAAGCUCCUCCCCAUCCCGAAACCCUAGCCAAGCUCGAUCCCAUCCAUCCGAUCCAAUCCAAUCCAAUCCAUCCAUCGCCAUGUCCGGCCGCGGCAAGGGGGGCAAGGGCCUGGGCAAGGGCGGGGCGAAGCGGCACCGCAAGGUCCUCCGGGACAACAUCCAGGGCAUCACGAAGCCGGCCAUCCGCCGCCUGGCCCGCCGUGGCGGCGUGAAGCGCAUCAGCGGCCUCAUCUACGAGGAGACCCGCGGGGUGCUCAAGAUCUUCCUCGAGAACGUCAUCCGCGACGCCGUCACCUACACCGAGCACGCCCGCCGCAAGACCGUCACCGCCAUGGACGUCGUCUACGCCCUCAAGAGGCAGGGCCGCACCCUGUACGGCUUCGGCGGUUGAGUGUGGGGGAUCGGGGGCCGGAAAUACGCGUCUGUAAAUUCGAGCUGCGCCGUCCGUGUUUUAUGGGCAGCGAAUUGGUUUGCGUGUCGUUUCGUGUUCUUCAUUGCAAGCGUAGCUGGUGCGAUCAGCAGGCGUUAGGGAUGCAUUUUGUGGCUAGUUGUUGUGGUAGUGACUCGUUAGUUCUUUGGAUAUGUAAUUGGUGUUCAGAGUAAAUUGAAUUCCCAGAUUGCCAGCCUCCUGUUGAUCUCAUUCAGCUUGAGAAUUAUUCCUACUUGCUCUGAA